AGUUAAUGUUAAUAAUUAUUCGAAUAAGUUGUUAAUUAUUGAUAAUGUAUAGUAAAAAGAAAAAAAUAAGACAGCAUGAUGUGGUUUACGACAAUACAACUAGAGAUUCUAUUCCUAAACGAGGAUACUACUCCGAAUUGGUUUCCGAUAUGUCAAAAGAAGACCCUUCUAAGGAUAUUUGCGCAAGAAAACGAAUGAAACUAAUUCUACAGGCUAAGACGGAUAAACUGGCGCCGACAUUGGUUUCACUGCCGAAACCUCAAAAACCGAAGAUUCUUUUGCCGCCGGGUCGGUGGACGACGUACAGAGAGGAUGAUAGCAUUCAAUUUCCAUUUGAGACAUUUGUGCCGAAGCUGCAAUUUCUCAGCAUUGUGCUGCCGAAGGAGUUACCAAGGCUCGUGAAGAUUGAGCGCUUGCGAAGGAAAUUUCUUGCAGCUAAUAUCAAGAAAAUGCUGCAAGGUCUAGGCAUACAACCGUACUGGCUUCUCCCUCCGUCUGAGUUCCAGCUGAGCGACCAGGAGUACUACGGGUUAUACAGCCCGUUCCCUAAGAUGGAACUGGAGAUUUUUGAUAACACCGACUUUGAUUGCCGUAUCCCGGAAGAAUGGCUCUCCCUGGGCAUGAUCGAGGGUGAGCAGUAUCCGUGCCCCGGACUGGCCUUCAUCCCUAAGGAGGAGGGCAAGGCAGCCAAGGGCGCCGGGGACACGAUACAGAUGCUCAACAAUUUGUAUGAGUGGACUAACGUGGCUGCGUUCAGUUACGACAAGGAAACUGAUCUCUGGGAGGUGAUGGCGUUGGACGGAACCAAAAGAAAAUUCAAUAUCCCGCGCAUCCGGCUGAUGUUCAAGGCGGAUGAUCCGGAGACGUUUGCGCAGCGCGUCAAGUUCGCCGUGGACCUACGGAGAGAGGUCGAAAACAACUUGCGGUUCUACUUAUACUUGGACUGUCUACUGCUGGAGGGUCUGCCGAUGAUGCCUCUGCACUUCAUGCCGGCAGUAUGGCGCAUGGUACGCGUGCAUCGCCAGGCACGCUCGCUUGAUGAGGACCACGCGCAGGCUCUCAGGAAGGAGGCCGAGCUUCUGUACAGAAAAAUGGAGGGCAAGAUGAAGAUAAUAUACACGAUACAAAAGUACAGGGACUUGUAUAACUUCAUAGACGUGCCGACCAAAGACUACGUGGCGCCCGUGCCUGAUUAUGGACGCUAUCCGUGCGUGAUGGAAGACUUCCAAGGCAGGAUGGAGUACAACCAGUGGUAUUCUCUGUACGUGCUCACGGAGGCUGUGUCCUGCAUACAUCUUGUCGUGGACGAGUGCUUGAAGGUGGAGUCGAUGCUAUUCUUCACAGCCAACUAUGGCCGAAAUGUGAGCUUAGCGGAAUUCGAUGCGGCCCAACAACAUUGCACCUCUAUGAUGCUGAAAUACCUAAAUAUAACUUGGUUGAACAACACAGCGCAUGCGAUCAGAAUGUCCUUCAGGGAUGUCGGUAAAGGGUGGUACAAUAUUUACGAGAAGAAGUGGGAAUUCUACGGCGUAAGCAAGCUUUGUCGGUUCAUGCAGCUCGUCAGGUUCCGAAUGCAGUACGCCCUUCGCUUCUGCAUCGAGCAAUCGAUGGCGAUGUUCGUUGCUAUGUGUGAGACUCCAUGCCUCUGUACCUACUGGUGCGAGGACGACUGGGAGUGGGACCCCUCGGACCUCAUCAACUCGCCCUUCCGCAGCGCGGCGCCCACGCUGUUCUACUUCUACCUGACCAUGGGCGCCGACGGGCCCUACUACACCACCAGCCCGGCGCAGUUUGAGAUCGUAAUCCAGCGGUUAUUCCGUGAGAUGCUGUAUCGGUGCCAUUUCAUCCCACAAGUGCACCCCAUGAUUAUGACCGGGCUGGUCUUCGACAAGGAGCUGUUCCUCACUUCGAUCGGUCUUAUGGAGCCGAACGUGGUGGAAUACCGCGACCGACUGCUCAAGGCGUAUCGCAAAGCCAUCAUCCCAUUAAUAGCGUAUAUGCGCCAGUACGAGUGCUACAAGGAAAUAUACUUGCUGGACAUCGAGGAGUACGUAGAGAACUUCCGCCUGGAAAAGCACUCGGCCUCAGAGACGCGGGAAGAAGUUCAGAUGCAUUACGACGCGAAGCAGGACUUGAUUUGGCGCCUGCCUCAGUACAUCAACAUUGGGCCUUUUGCGCUGAACGUAGACACGCUUAAGCAACUUCUGGUGAACAAGCGGUCAGACAUUAUCAAGGCCUUACUGACGAUGUGGGCGGAGGAAGUGCGAAUGGUGGUGGAAGACUCCAUCCAGGCCUACAAAAGCAUAAUGCGCAAGCUGGGUGAAAAGCCAAACACCAUAGAGCACGUAUUCGAGAUCCGAGAGUGGAUGGAGUCCAUUCCAUUCGCGCUCAAGACGCAGGAGGAUAUUAUGAAGAAGGUGCACACGGAUUAUGAAGUUCUGGAUGCCUUCUUCAUGCCAUUAGAAAACGAUGACUUCAAGGCUUUAUGGGAAGCCAUCGGAUGGCCGUUGUCGAUAACAAAACAGGUGGACGUAACGACCGAGUUCCUGGAGGAAGAGCAGGAGAAGUUCUGGAAGCUUCACCAGAUAGACGAGCAGACUAUGUUCGAUAAGAUCGACAUGUACAGCGCACAGUGCAUGGCCUUGACGCUGCAGAAUGACUUCGCCAAGGUCCAUGAGAUAGCUAACGACAUCAAGAAGGCGUGGAAAGGGAUGAAGGAUUCUCAGGAAUGGGGCCGUAUCUUAAAUCAGCGUCAGAAGCUGUUCGGGCAGCCCGUGAUACCGUUUACGGAUCUCAACCGCCUGGUGAAGGAGUUCGAACCCUACAGGAAUCUUUGGGUCACGGCUUCAGGUAAGAAUCAAAUAUUUUGUGCGCGCGAAGUGUGGUUCGACAACCCGCUGAUGUAUGUAGACGCGGACUCAAUCGAGCCGCUCAUCAACGAAUACUACAAGACGAUCGUCAAGUGCGUGCGCACAUUCGCAGACAUGCCCAAAGUGCAGCAAGUAGCCACUACUAUACGGGACGACAUCGACGAAUUCAGACCUCUAAUACCUGUCAUUCAAGCGGUCAGAAAUCCGGGUAUGAAGGAGCGACAUUGGAAUGAGUUCAUGGAGAAAGCUGGUAUAACCGUGACGAUGAACGAGAAACAAACAUUCACGAUGUGUCUGAAGCAAGGCAUGGCUGCCCACGGCGAGCUGAUCGCCGAGAUUGGGGAACUGGCCAGUAAAGAAUAUGUCAUCGAGCAGUCCCUGGACAAGAUGCAGGGCGACUGGGCCAACAAGGCCAUGGAGAUCGCGCCCUACAAGAACACUGGUACAUUCAUAAUGAAGAUAGCGGACGAAACGCUCCAGUUAUUAGACGAGCAUCUUCUGGCCACGCAGCAGCUCGGCUUCAGUCCCUUCAAGGCGGCAUUCGAGCUGCGCAUCACAGAGUGGGACGAAAAACUACGUUUGACGCAAAAAGUCGUGGACGAGUGGAUCGAGUGCCAGAAGGAAUGGAUGUACCUGGAGCCUAUUUUCACGUCAGAAGACAUCUCACGCCAACUGCCACUUGAAGCCAAGAAAUACGGCACCAUGGAGAGGAUAUGGCGGCGGAUAAUGGGCACUGCUGCUGCUUGCCCUAAGUUAAUGUUGAUCUGCCCGGACAGCCGGCUUCUAGACAGUCUGGUUGAAGCGCGGCAUCUGCUGGCAGUGGUAGCGAGAGGAUUGGCGGAGUACAUGGAAUUAAAACGGCUGCGUUUCCCUCGCUUCUUCUUCCUGAGCGACGACGAGCUGCUCGAGAUACUGUCUCAGUCGCGCAACCCGCGCGCGGUGCAGCCGCAUCUUAGGAAGUGCUUCGAGAAUAUUGCCAAGGUGACCUUUGAAGCGGAUCUCAGGAUCAGCCACAUGCACUCCAGCGAGGGAGAAAUUGUCGAGCUCAAGUACAAGUUCUAUCCCUCGUCCAACGUGGAGCAGUGGCUUUUGUUGCUAGAGGAUACUAUGAGGCACACAAUCCGGCUGACACUGGUAGCUGGUCUAGAAGAGUUAUGGACGAUGCCGCGCGCCGAGUGGGUGCUGCGCUGGCCGGGGCAGGUGGUCAUCGCCGGCUCGCAGACCGCCUGGACGGCCGGCGUGGAGGCCGCCAUCGAGGACUACCGCAUGGACCAGUUCUUCGAGGAGAACCUGCUCAUGCUGGACAGCCUUCGCGGUCUGGUGAAGGGCGAGCUGACGUUCUUCCAACGCGAGGUGGUGUGUGCUCUAAUCGUGAUAGAGGUGCACGCGCGUGACGUCACCAGGACGCUGGUGGAUGAGAACGUGAAGAAUGUGUCUGACUUCCAGUGGACUUGCCAGCUUAGGUACUACCAAGUAGUGAAGCCAAUGUACGAGUUUGAGGAAGGCGAGUCCCGCGAGAUCUACCAAGAUGAGAACCGACUAGACACCGCGCCUUAUUACCGCCAGUUCAGCCAGAACUACUGCGACGUUAAGGCGUUAAACUCCGUGUUCAAAUACUCCAGCGAGUACCUUGGGAACAGUGGGCGGCUGGUGAUCACGCCGCUGACCGACCGUUGCUACCUGACGCUGAUGUGCGCGAUGCAUCUGUACUUCGGCGGCGCGCCCGCCGGGCCCGCCGGCACCGGCAAGACUGAGACCACUAAGGAUCUGGCGAAGGCUCUCGCUGUGCAAUGCGUUGUGUUCAACUGUUCAGACCAGCUCGACUUCAUGGCCAUGGGAAAAUUUUUCAAGGGACUGGCUGCGUCUGGAGCCUGGGCGUGUUUUGAUGAGUUCAACCGAAUCGAUAUUGAAGUGUUGUCGGUGGUCGCUCAGCAGGUGGUGACUAUUCAGAAGGCUCAAGUGGCUCACCUAGAGAAGUUCAUGUUCGAAGGCUGCGAGCUCCCUCUGAAGGCGUCUUGCUCCGUCUUCAUCACCAUGAACCCUGGAUACGCGGGGCGCACGGAACUCCCUGACAACCUGAAAGCGUUGUUCCGACCGAUUGCUAUGAUGGUGCCGGACUAUGCUUUGAUCGCGGAGAUCUCUCUGUUUUCGUACGGGUUCUUCGAGGCCAAGAUCUUGGCAGGGAAGAUCACCACCACCUUCAGACUGAGCUCGGAACAGCUGUCGUCACAGGACCAUUACGAUUUCGGCAUGCGUGCGGUGAAAACAGUGAUUCUCGUGGCCGGCAACUUAAUUCGUCAGAUGCCAGACGGCGAAGAACGGCAGAUCGUGCUACGCGCGCUAAGAGACGUCAACGUGCCCAAGUUCUUGGCUGACGACUUGCUUCUAUUCAAUGGUAUUAUAUCAGAUUUGUUCCCACGUGUCGAGAUUCCAAUCGUGGACUAUGGCAUCAUGGAGCAAUCCAUCAGGAAUAUACUCGUGAAGAGGGGAUACGAUGAUCUUUACACGUUUAUUUUCAAAGUGAUCCAACUCUACGAGACGACUGUCGUGCGACACGGACUGAUGUUGGUUGGCCCCGCCGGCGCUGGAAAGACUAAGUGCUACGAGAUCCUCCGAGAUGCUUUGACCGCAAUCAAGGGCAAGCUAGCGCCAGAUGGGUUCCCGUUCACGCCGGUACACACCUUCGUCGUCAACCCCAAGUCGAUCACCAUGGGCCAGCUGUAUGGGGAGUUUGAUAUGCAGACCCACGAGUGGACGGACGGCAUCCUGUCGAGCCUGGUGCGCGGCGGCAUCGCCGUGGAGGACAUGGACAAGCGCUGGUACGUGUUCGACGGGCCCGUCGACGCCGUCUGGAUCGAGAACAUGAAUACUGUGUUAGACGACAACAAGAAGCUCUGCCUAUCGAGCGGCGAGAUCAUGAAGCUGACCGACCGGCAACGCAUGAUCUUCGAGGUGGCCGACCUGGCCGUGGCUUCUCCCGCCACCGUGUCUCGCUGCGGCAUGGUCUACCUGGACACGAGGGUCGUGGGCCUGCCGCCGCUGGUCAGCGCGUGGCUCAAGAGCAACAUCCCGCCGAUAGGCGAAAGCCUCCGCAAAUACUUCCCCAACCUGAUAACGAACUACCUGUACCCGUCGCUGACGCUGCUUCGCUCGCGGCUGACGGAGCUGGUGGUGUCCAUCGACUCGCAGCUCGUGCUGAAGUGUUUAGAACUCCUGGAUUACCGCAUGCGGCCGCUGACUGGGAAGGACGACCGCCCGCCGCCUGGGGCCGCUUUUAUUGCUAUGCUACCCAAACUAGCGCCGUGCUGGGUGGUGUGGGCGGUGAUAUGGUCGGUGGGCGCGACAUGCGACCACAACGGGCGCGCGAUAUUCUCCGACUUCAUGCGCAAGCUCACCGAGGAGAACGGCCUGAAGCCGCUGUUCCCUAAGGAGGGACGCGUGUAUGAUUAUACACUACACGAUGGAGGUUUCACUGAUCCGACCGAUGAUGGAGAGCCAGCCAACCCAUACUGGUACAACUGGAUGGCCAAUAUGGAGGAGUAUGAGGUCGACCCUGAGUGGCAGUUUGCAGAUAUCGAAGUCCCCACGCUAGACAAUGUACGCAGCGCGGCUAUGCUCGGCUACAAGAUAGCUAACUACAACCACGUGAUCUGCGUCGGGCCAACGGGCACUGGCAAGACUGUCACGAUCACGUCUAAACUGUCACGCGGGCUGCACAAGAAGUUUAUAUGCGAGUUUAUCGUGUUCUCCGCUAGGACGUCCGCUAAUCAGACCCAGGACGUGAUAGACAGCAAGCUGGAGCGGCGGCGGCGCGGCGUGUUCGGGCCGCCGCCCACCAAGCGGCAGGUGUUCUUCAUCGACGACCUCAACAUGCCCGCGCUGGAGGUGUACGGCGCGCAGCCGCCCAUCGAGCUGCUCAGGCAGUUCAUGGACUUCUCCGGCUGGUACGACCGCACCAACAUCGGCGAAUUCAAGAUGCUAGUGGACGUGGGCAUCGUGGCCGCCAUGGGCCCGCCCGGCGGCGGCCGCAACCCCGUCACCAUGCGCCUCAUGCGACACUUCCACUACGUCUCCUUCACCGAGAUGGAGUACGCCAGCAAGUACGCAAUAUUCAACACAAUCCUGUGCUCGUGGACGCGCUUCAUCGAGAAAGACGUGAAAGUCCGCGAGGGGCCGUUCCUAAAAGCAUCCAUAGACAUAUUCGCGUCGCUGGUGGAAGAACUACUUCCCACGCCUACCAAGUCGCACUACACCUUCAACCUGCGCGACCUUAGCAAGGUGUUCCAGGGGAUACUUAUGAUGGAUCCCCAUGCCGUCAAGGACGAAGACGACGUAAUCCGACUAUGGUACCACGAGCACCAGCGCGUGUAUCAAGACCGCUUGGUCUGCACAGAAGACCGCGUUUGGUUCGUGAACUUGCUGAACAAGAAGAUUCGUACGGAGUUUGGGAAGAAGGCAGCGGAGGUGGUGGGCGGUCGAUUGAUGCUAUUCGGAGACUUUAUGGACAUCGGCGCGGAUGAACGGAAGUACGUCGAGAUCACUGACCAGGAGGAGAUGGACUACGUGCUAAGCCACUACCUAGUGGAAUACAACUUAUCCACGACUGUUCCGCUGGACCUGGUGUUGUUUGAAGAUGCUGUAGGCCACCUGUGUCGUGUUGCCCGCAUCAUGAGGCAGCCGAUGGCUAACGCGUUGCUGCUUGGGAUGGGUGGCUCUGGUCGCCAAUCCCUCUCUCGUCUUGCCGCCAACAUGGCGGAGCUGACGUGCAUCCAGAUUGAGAUAACUAAAGCGUACGGCCAGACCGAGUGGCGCGACGACCUCAAGCAAACCAUGAUGAAGGCAGGCGCUGACAACCGCGGCAUUGUGUUCCUGUUUUCGGACGCGCAGAUAAAAAUGGAAUCCUUCCUAGAAGACCUGAACAACAUCCUCAGCUCAGGGGACGUGCCAAACAUCUACGAGGCGGAGGAUCUCGACAAGAUCUACAUGUCAGUGCGGCACGCGGUUAUGGAGAUGAAUCUGGCGGCCACGAAGACCAACCUGUUCGCUUGCUACCAGCGCCGCGUCCGGAGCAACCUGCAUAUUGUGGUGGUCAUGAGCCCUGUGGGAGAGAUAUUCCGCGCGCGUCUUCGUCAGUUCCCGUCGCUGGUCAACUGCUGCACCAUCGACUGGUUCAGCGAGUGGCCCAAGUCGGCGCUGGAGUCGGUCGCCACGCACUUCUUCCACAACAUGGGCGAGCUCGUCACCACCGACGAGAUCAUCGACUCCAUGGUGUCGGUGUGCUGCUUCGCCCACCAGUCCGUCGUCGACGCCAGCGCCAGGUUCCUGGCUCAACUGAACCGGCUCAACUACGUCACGCCUAUGUCGUACAUGGAAAUGCUUGGCGCAUACGCGGAGAUGUUCCGCAAGCAGCGACAGAACAUACUCAACGAGUCCAACGCGCUCAAGACUGGUUUGGACAAGCUGAACCAGACAGAAGUAGAAGUGAAGCAGCUACAAAUAGAGUUGGCCGAGCUGAAGCCACUCAUGGAGAAGGCUGCCGAGGAAACUAGGAAGGUCAUCGACCAGAUCGCAAUCGACACGGCUAUAGCAGAAGAGGCCCGCAUUAAAGUGGAAAAAGAACAGUCAGUGGCAGAGAAAAUGGCCGCGGAAACCACCGCUAUGGCUGAGGACGCGCAAAGAGACUUAGAUGAGGCGAUGCCCGCUCUUCGCGCGGCGGAGAACGCGUUAAAAGAGCUGAACCGCAACGAUAUCGUGGAGGUGAAGGCGUUAAAGAAGCCGCCCGGUGGAGUCGUGCUCGUCAUCGAGUCGUUGUGCGUGGUGUUUGACAUCAAGCCCAUCAAGGAACCCGGCACCUCAUUCGGCGAGAAAGUCCUUAACUACUGGAAGCCCGGCUCGCAGAUGUUAGCCGACCCGACCGCCUUCCUGGACUCGCUCAUGAAGUUCGACAAGGAGUCCAUCACCGAGGACAUGAUCAAGAAGCUCAAGCGGUUCAUCGCCAACCCGGACUACGAGCCCACCAAGAUCCUGAAGGUGUCCAAAGCGUGCAUGUCUCUAUGCAUGUGGGUGCACGCCAUGUACAAAUUCUACCACGUCAACAAGGCCGUAGCACCCAAGAAAGAGGCUUUAGAACGCGCCACCAAGGACUUGGCGGCUGUCGAAGCAAUGCUGGCCAACGCCAAAGCGAAGAUGCAAGCAUUGCUCGAAGGCAUAGCCAAGCUGAACGCGUACUUACAGGAGAAGGAAGAAGAAAAGCGUAAGAUGGAGGAAGACAUUAACCAGUGCCUGGCCAGGAUGGACCGCGCCAACCGAUUACUCAACGGGUUGUCGAGCGAGCGAGUGCGCUGGAUAAGCACGAUCAAGAAACUGGAUGUGGACAUCGUCAGCUUGAUCGGGGAUAUUCUGAUCAGCGCCUGCGCUGUCGGCUACAUAACACCAUUCACUGACGAGUUCAGAAGAGAGUUACUUCAUGAAUGGAUGAAGCACAUGGAGGAAGUGGCAGUCCCUCACACAGAUGGCGCCACUCCACUUUCGAUUCUUGGGGAUCCUGUGCAAAUCAGAACGUGGCAGAUGUACGGACUGCCGCGAGAUCCGCUGUCAGUCGAGUCUGCAGUACUGAUGUCUAACUCCCGGCGCUGGCCGCUCAUCAUCGACCCGCAAACGCAGGCCAACAAGUGGAUCCGCGCUAUGGGCAAAAUCGAAGGCCUAGUGGUUUGCAAGCCGAAUGACCGCGACCUGCUUCGGAACUUCGAGUCUGCGCUGCGCUUCGGGAAACCCAUUCUUUUGGAGAAUGUCGGGCAAGAGUUGGACCCCGCAUUGGACCCGGUCUUGAAGCGGCAAUACUUCCGCCAAGCCGGCCAGAUGGUGCUCAAACUGGGCGACUCUCUCAUCCCCUACAUGCCAGGCUUUCGUCUCUACAUCACCACCAAGCUGCCCAACCCGAAGUACACCCCUGAAACCUCCGUCAAAGUGCAGAUCGUCAACUUUGCGCUGGUGCCCAGCGGUCUAGCAGAACAGCUGCUAUCCAUAGUAGUAGCACAAGAGCGUCCAGACUUAGAAGAGCUACGCGGUCAGCUGAUCGUAUCUCGCGCGCAGAUGUCAGCUCAGCUGGCUGAGAUGCAAGCUGAUAUUUUAUACGGGCUGUCCAAUAGCGAGGGAUCGCCUGUGGAUGACGUACCGCUUAUUCUCACGCUGGAAGCUAUCAAGAUUAAGAGCGCUGAGAUCCUGAUUAAAGUGGAAGACAUAGAGCGAACCACGAUCGAAAUAGACGUGGCGCGAGAAGACUACGUGCCGGUGGCCAAUCGAGGGCAGAUCCUCUUCUUCUGUUUAUCAGGCAUGGCCAACGUCGACCCCAUGUAUCAGUACUCGCUCGAGUGGUUCGUCAAACUGUUCAUACGCAGCAUGGCUGAGACCGAGCCUAAUGAGGACAUAAUGGAACGCGUGUACAUAAUAAUCGAGCACUUCACUUUCUUGCUAUACGUGAACGUGUGCCGCAGUCUGUUUGAGAGGCACAAGCUGUUGUUCGCGUUUCUGCUCUGUGCGCGAAUUCUGCUCGACCGCGGCUCGAUCAGGCUCAUAGAGUUCAACUUCUUGCUGAACGGGGCUAAGAUUGAGGAGGAGCUGGAGAACCCCGAACCAAAGUGGGUGUCAGAGAGGAUGUGGCUGGACAUGCAGCAACUAGCUUCCAUCCCCACCAUGAAGCAGUUCGUGCUGGAAGACUUCCCCAACCAGAUCAAGUUCUUCCGGACUUACUACGACGCCUGGAACCCGCACAAGCUCCCAUUCCCGAAACCAUUGGACACUCAACUGGACGCUUUCCAGAAGUUGCUCGUGCUGAAGUGUUUGCGGCCUGACAAGCUGGUUCCAGGUCUCCAGGAUUACGUGGUGGUGGGCCUAGGCGGGCGCUUCGUUGAACCACAGCCGGCAGACUUGGCGGCGUUAUACGCGGAGUCCGACCCGCUAGCGCCUAUCAUCUUCGUGCUGUCCACUGGCACCGACCCUGCUGCUGAUCUGCUGAAGUUUGCUGACAAGAUGAAGAUGGGCAAGCGCUUCGAGAGCAUCUCGCUCGGGCAGGGCCAGGGCCCGCUGGCCGAGGCCAUGAUGCGAGUCGGCUGCGACUUCGGCAACUGGGUGUUCUUCCAGAACUGCCACUUGUCGCCAUCUUGGAUGCCGGUGCUAGAAUUAAACGUUGAGCAUAUCCAACCGGAAUUGGUUCAUAAGGAUUUCCGUUUGUGGUUAACCGCAAUGCCUUCCCCACACUUCCCAGUCGCAUUGCUGCAAAAUGGCUACAAAAUGACAGUGGAGCCACCUAGAGGAAUCAAGGCGAACUUGCUGAAGGCCUACAUGAACCAAGUGCCUGACUUCGCGGAUUACUUCAACUCUUCGGAUAGCAAAGUUCCUAAUUUCAAGUGGCUGCUAUUCUCGCUGUGCUUAUUCCACGGCGUGGUGCUAGAGCGGCGCAAGUUCGGGCCGCUCGGUUUCAACAUCCCAUACGAGUUUACCGACGGUGAUCUGCGCAUCUGCAUCUCACAGCUUCAUAUGUUCCUUACGGAGUACACCGAGGUGCCGUUAAGGAUGUUGACUUACACCGCCGGGCACAUAAACUACGGCGGGCGCGUGACCGACGACUGGGACCGACGAUGCCUGCUGUGCCUGCUGGCCGACUACUACUCCACCCAGGUGCUGUCCGACCGGUAUAUGUUUGACGAGAGCGGAGCUUACAAACAGCAAACGCCCUCAUCGAACAUCGAGGCGUACACGACAUACAUCCGAACGCUGCCGCUGAAUGACGACCCGUCGCUGUUCGGGCUCCACAGCAACGCAAACAUCAGCUACGCCAUGUCAGAGACAAACACAUGCCUUGGUAUACUCCGCAACCUCCAGCCGAAGGAAGUAAGCGGCGGCGGUGGCCUUAGCGCUGAAGAAAUGACAGAACGAGCGGCUAAAGAAAUCUUGGAGAUCAUGCCCCCUAUGCUGGAUCAGAAGUACAUUGCUACCACGUACCCGGUGUCUUACAAGGAGUCUUUGAACACCGUGUUGAUACAAGAAGCUAUUCGGUACAACAGAUUGUUGUCGGUCAUCAAUAAUUCUCUUAGGGACUUGCUGAAGGCCCUCAAGGGUCUGGUGGUGAUGUCAGAAGCGCUAGAGAGCAUGUCCGGCAGCCUGGCGCGUAACGCCGUGCCUCUGAUGUGGAGCUCCAAAGCGUACCCCUCGCUCAAGCCGCUAGCGGCAUGGGUGAAGGACUUAUGCCUACGAGUCCAGUUCAUGCAAGGCUGGGCGGACGCGGGCAUCCCCAAGGUGUUUUGGAUAUCGGGUUUCUACUUCCCGCAGGCGUUCCUCACUGGUGCACUUCAGAACUACGCCAGGAAGCACGUUAUUGCUAUCGAUACCAUCUCGUAUGCAUUUGAGGCGCUCCCGGGGGCUCCAGCCAAGAGGCCAGAUGACGGGUGCUGCGUGCGUGGACUGUACCUCGAAGGCGCGCGUUGGAACAUGGGCGACAUGUCGCUGGAAGAAAGCCGUCCUAAGGAGCUGCACACAGAAAUGGCGAUUAUCUACAUGAAACCGGAGCAGAACCACAAGCUUCAAUCGGGACUUUACGAGUGUCCCACUUACAAGACUUUACUGCGAGCCGGGACACUCUCCACUACGGGACACUCAACCAACUACGUCAUGACCAUAGAGCUGACUACCCACAAACCGCAAUCUCAUUGGAUCAAGCGUGGUGUGGCGCUGUUCUGUGCUUUGGACUAUUAA